UCCGGCAGCAUUUCAUUUGCGAAGCAAAAGGCGAAUGGUGAUUUUUUUGUGGCUGUGACUAAUCUGAUUAGAAACACCUGAAAAAAGUGGCAAACUGCAUUAAAGGCUCAUAGGUUGAAAAGUGUAGUGGACAGAGAUAUGAGUGAAAAUUAUAAUUCGUUGACAUAAUAAACAUUUUGUGGAGAAAAAGCUGCGAAAGUGGUCGUUUGAAGCCGCCUAUAGAAUUUUUUCCUUUUUUACCAAUUGGAUUGGUUUUCCGCUUGGAAGUCUGUGUGUAAGAAUAAUGCAGGUAGAUCUUUUGAGCCAUUGAUUUUGAAUAGUGUGAGCGAGAGAGUUGACGAAUACGUACAAAGUGAACGUUGCAAUCUUUCGAAAGGAGCAAAACCAGUGUGUAUUAAAAAAACACACAUCUAACUGUCAAGCAAACGUCAAUUGUGCGAAUUUGACAUUUUCAACGUUUGCAUUCACGGUCUGCUGUAAAAACUUCUGGAAAAAAAAUUUUUUCUUCAUAACUUUUAUAAAAGGUCGCUUGUAUUUUAACUAAAGUACAAACAUAAGCGGAACGUGGAAUUAAACGAAAACAAACGUAAAUAAAAUUUUCUUCUGUGAUUUUUUGUGUGGCAAGUCACUACCCGCAUUCUUUGGUGCUGCAGUAUAUUUCAUUAGCCGUCAUUUUUAGGCUUUCGAUAGACCUCUUCGCACACCACGCAAAAUGUUAAUAAAUUUAAGAGUGAAAACGCUCGAUGCACAGACGCAUGAUUUUAGUAUUGACAAUGAGCUGACUAUACGUCAAUUUAAGGACAAAAUCGCCGAGAAGACUAAUAUAGCGGCAGACCAACAACGUAUUAUUUAUUGUGGACGUGUUCUUGCUGAUGAAAAACAAUUGAAAGAAUAUGAUGUUGAUGGAAAAGUUGUGCAUGUGGCCGAGCGACCACCACCGUCGCAGCGGGACCCUUCGACUUCCAAUUCCUCCUCGAAUGAAGCACCAAGUGCACGUGAACGGCCCAAUAAUCGUGGUGGCAUGCGGAAUUCUCCUCUAUUUCGUGCUUUGGAUGGCAUGGUCGUCGGCACCAUGGCAAUACCAAUGAACCCUGUACAAAAUAACGUGCAGCAACCUGUAAAUCCUUUUGCUGUUUCCUCAUCAUUUUGCGUAAAUCGCAUAACAGUGGCUCGACAUAUGUUGGAUUGCGCAAAUAAUAUUGCUGCAUACUUGGAAGAUCCAGAAAGGGGUCUUAAUAACAGCUCUUUGGAUAUAUUGGCACGUGGUAGUUGGACUAUGGAAUCUACUGUGGUAGAAGUGGGUUUCACCGCUGCCGACUUACCGCAGAACCAAAAUAUUGUUGAAAUGGUGCAAGAUGCUGUUUCUGCAGCGUUACGCCGUAAUAAUAAUACAAACGUGACCGUCGUACAAUUACCAACAGUUUUUGGCUCUAAUGAGGGUGAAAAUGGUGCUACGAAUAGCGGUGAAGCUGCUGCAGACAUGGAUGCAAGUAACGAUGAUGGUGGUGCAGUUGAUGCUGAUGGUGCUGCGGUCAUUAUAGAAGAUGUUAUUGAUGAUACUUUCGACGCCGUUGGUGCUAAUAUCGGCGUUACUUCCAAUACUUCCGGCACAGAUACUGCAAACAAUAUUACAUCUCCAAAUCAUACGUCGACUGAUACUUCGGCUGGAGACACGUCGAACGCUUCCGCAACGACUGGUACUAACACCGAUGAGAAUCCUUCUCGUCGUCGCACUAAUACUCGUGUUUUAGCUGAAGUAGUGGCACAGAUGCGCACUGUCCAAACUCGUCUAAAUCCUUUCAUUCAGCAGUUCUACGAAUUACUGAAUAACGAUCCUACAUUCGAUGAAGAUAAUACAACCGAACGCGAAAAUGCACAACGGCUUUACAAUCGUGUCUCUGAAGCACUCCAUUACAUGUCGCAUGCUCAACAUGCCAUAUCCGAUCUGAUGUUGGACGUGUCGCAACCGGCUCCACGCUUUCUCACAUGUCGCCCCAUAUUGGUGGAACAAAGCGGAUAUGUUAGUUCCAAUAAUUACUUAUCUGCUGCUGCAGCGGCUGCUGCUGCUGCUGCCACAACAGGCAAUAAUCAGACGCGUCCACGUACGCGCGCUUAUAUAGCACCACGUUAUAAUCACCCAGUAACCAUAACUACCAGCUCGCCCCCGACAACGGCAAGCGGUAAUGGGACAGUGUCGGGCAACUCGGCUGUGGCAACUGCAGGCAACAAUAAUAGCAACAAUCGCAAUACAAACAGCACAAAUGCUAGUGCAAGUGGAAGUGGUAGCGGUAGUUCCGUUGAAGAUCCUGUCGAUGAACCUUUGGUCACUCCCAGCAACACACCAAGUACAGCAGCCGCAACGAAUGCAUCCACUCAAAGCAAUGAUACACCACAUGCGCAAAUGUCGCGUCUAAUUCAGGCCAUGGUGAACUCUGCGCCCAUUAACACCGAGCUUCAUGUGCAAAUCUUACCGCCUUCGCUACUAAAUGUGGCAGUAAAUCCGCGUGGGAACAAUGGAAAUGGCGAGCAGCAACAACGUACACAGUCAGGAGCUUCGGCAGGAGCAGCAGAUGCAACAGCGACCGCUAAUAACAGUACUACAGGAAAUAAUGAUUUCAACAAUGCCAAUGCCAGUGGUGGGGGUGGUGGUGGUGGCAGUAGUAGCAGGAACGCAAGCGCCAGGGCAGGUACACGUCUUAGCAAUGAUCGCAACAGCAACAAUUCGGUACCGGCAACAGGUGCGAGCUUGCCUGCUACCACCAGACUUCGUCCGGUUUCCGCUUCAUUGGCAAUUGGCACUUUGCCAACAACAUCUACACAAACACGUUCAACAUCGCGACCACAACUGCAAAUUGGUGGCAUACCAGCAAAUGGUUGGAAUGGUCGCUUUAUACCGGCAAAUAUGAUAUCGGCGUUCGAUCGCUUCCUACCUUGUAAUAGUCAUCACAUUCGGGAGCCGGAAAGCAACGCCAAUAACAACAGUACAGCUGGAGCAAAUGUUACUACUAAUAAUGCUAGCCCUCAGAUAAUAAUAGGUGGCUCACCCACGUCUACACCGCGUACGAACGCUCCCUCAGCGCCAAUAUUACCGCCACCUUUCAUCCUCCCCGAAUUUUACUCUUCACGUAAUAUUAUAUCUGGACAAAAUCGCAAUGCAUCAACUGCUGCGCCAUCGACCGAGACGUCAGCUACUUCUGGUAGCACCAACACUGGCACAGACAAUUAUCGUCGAAAUUUGCGCACUCAGUUAGUCAACUUAGUCAAUCAGCGCAUUUUUCGUGGGGAACCAAUCAACGAGGAUACCGUAACACCAGCUGUUAAUCGCGCGGCUGAAUGGUUUGAUGAAGCACUGCUGGUGCUGCUGCCGCAUUAUGAAAAGCCCGAGUAUGAUUCACGUCACUCUGUUACCAAUAUUUUUCGACACAUGCUACCGCUCUUCAUUGAGAUUGUGCGUGAUGAGCAGAGUAAUCCGGCUACGUUUGAGCAACGUAUAAAGAAAAUAUGCGAAGACUUUCUUAACCGUUUAUACAGCGUUUUGAGUGUGUGUGUGGACCGUAGUAGAGUUAUAAAUUACUGGGUUCAGUUGAUGAGUCAGUUCUCGGUACCUAUGCGAUUGUUUUUAAAGGACGAAGCUUUGCAGUUUUUAAGGUCCUAUGUAGACAGAAGACCUCCAUCCACAAUUGAUACAGCUGAUGCACAACAAUUCAUCGUACAUAGAAAUGUAACGCCAGUGUCGGAGCCAGCAGACACUCCCUUGGAAUCUGAUGUGGAGAUGGUAGAAAUGGCGUCGACAUCCGACGCAAAACACAGUAGUCAAUUCACAAUAGACAUGGACGACGAAGUAGAAAUCGAACUUACCCCUGCCGAACAAUUGCCCGAUGUUACCGUCGGUUCGGAGUUGUGGCAUAGUAAUUUCCCCAACGACUGGUUGCCAAUCAUUGCACGUGAUCUAUGUACCCAAAGUGCAAAUCCGCCAAAUCAAAUUCCAUUCUCGGAUGCGUACAUAUCAGGCAUGUCGGCCAAACGAAGGAAAAUGAUACAAAACAAUAAACCGCCAACUGAGAUUAGCUCACUAAUCGCUCGAAGUGUACGCAAGGCCAUACAGACCGUUGGCCCACGUGCGUCUACAACUGCUACCACUGAAACGCUAACAGCCGAUGAAAUCACAGAAACUAUUGCCAACGAUGUUGCGGUAAAUGCUUCGUAUACGGAGGCAGUGCGUACGCAUGUGCGCGAACGCUUAAAGAAAGACUCUGAUUACAAACCCGAUAAAUAUCCGCAUGCCACAAAGUUUGUUAACAAGUAGAAAACGUAGAUUGGUGCUUUGUAGGUAAUGCGCGACGAAAAACAAAAAAAAAAUCAUAGCAUGUAAAAGUAUACGCAGAAUACAAGUAAUUCAAACGAAACUAAGUUAUAAUAAUAAAAAAAUAAAGGAGUUUAACGAAAAGGGAGGAAAAGUGGUUGCUGAUACUUGUUAUAAACAAAAACUUAUUAAAAGAAAAAAAAAACAUUUUAUUAGUGUGUUUUUGAUUUUUGAUUUGUGCUUUUUCAUUUUGAUAAAUUAUGCAUUCAAGGCAAUAGAAAAAAGAGGUCAACACCACAGUAGACGAAAAAAUAUUAUACAUACUAAUCGAAAAAAUUGUACUUUAUACGAUAUUAUUAAUAUAAAGAAAGAAAAAAAAACACAGAAAAUUCACGCAUAUUGAAAAAUAAGGUUAACUAAGAAGACAUCCAUACAGGAGAAGAAACAUAAGAACUACAACUAUAACAAGAUUCACAUUUACGUAUAGUGCAUAAAAAAUAAGGCAAAUAAAAUAUAAUCUAAUGCAGUUUUAUGUGCAAGCAAA